AUGUCUGCCUCUGCUGGGGUGAGUCUAAUAUAUUCUUUUCAUUGUAUCUGUCCUUUACAAGCUUUCUAUAUUCGCUGUUCUAAUUGCAAACGUCGUUUUCGCAUUGUUCUUGUAGCCGUCUGGAACUGCUACCCCUUUCGGAAUCUGGUACAAAUAACUGGUCGUACUUUGAAGAUGUUAAAGGGUUUCUCUGGAGAAUAUGUCAGCGAAUUGCUGGACGCUAACUGGGAAAAAGAAGGCAAAGAAGCAAUACUUUCUGCCGCGUCUCUACUGAAAUUUCACGUCAAAGACCCUGACGCUAACCAGAACAUCGAUCUCGACGAGAAUUUUUUGGAGACAAAUACCAACAUUUGUAUCAAGAUUUGGAAUCAACAGGAGGAAUCCAAUCAUCGUUCCGCUACCAGAUGA